AUGGCCAGUACCAAUAAUGUGACUGAGUUGAUUAUUGCUGGCCUCUUUCAGGAUCCAGAUGUGCAGAGAACGUGCUUCGUGGUGUUUCUUCCCGUGUACCUGGCCACACUGGCGGGCAAUGGCCUCAUUAUCCUGACAGUCAGUGUCAGUAAGAAUCUGCAUUCCCCCAUGUACUUCUUCCUGGGCUACCUGUCUUUGGUAGAGAUCAGCUACUCUUCUACUGUAGUUCCCAAGUUCCUCGCUGAUUUACUUGCCAAGAUUAAAACCAUCUCCUUGGAAGGUUGUCUGGUUCAAAUAUUCUUCUUCCACCUCUUUGGGGUGACUGAGAUCCUCCUCCUCACCGUGAUGGCCUAUGACCACUAUGUGGCCAUCUGCAGACCCCUCUACUAUACGACCAUUAUGAGCCGGUCUGUGUGUCACCUUCUGGUGGCUGGUUCCUGGCUGGGGGGCAUCAUUCACACUAUGGUCCAGAUCCUGGUUGCAGUGCAAUUGCCCUUCUGUGGCCCCAAUGUGAUUGACCACUACUUCUGUGACCUCCAUCCCUUAUUCAAGAUUGCCUGCACCGACACCUUUGUGGAAGGGGUUAUCGUACUGGCCAACAGUGGGCUAAUCUCUGUUGUCUCCUUCCUUUUCUUGGUGUCUUCUUACGUUGUCAUCCUGUUCAACUUGAGGAACCAUUCGGCUGAGGGCAGGCGCAAAGCCCUCUCCACCUGUGCCUCUCACAUCACCGUGGUCAUCUUGUUUUUUGGUCCUGCCAUCUUCCUCUACAUGCGGCCUUCCUCCACCUUCACUGAGGACAAGCUGGUGGCUGUAUUCUACACAGUCAUCACCCCCAUGCUGAACCCCAUCAUCUACACGCUCAGAAAUGCAGAGGUCAAAAUUGCCAUGCGGAGGUUGUGUGGCAAGAAGGUUAUCUCAGGAAUGGAACAAAAGUAA